AUGUUUGAAAACAGACUUAUAAAACAUUCCUCUACUGUUGGAGGUAAUGAGCUAAGACGUCGGAGAGUUGAAGUUAGUGUGGAGCUUAGAAAGGCCAAGAAAGAUGAACAGAUUCUUAAGAGAAGGAAUGUGACUUCCUUUCCAGAAGACGAGGUUCUCUCCCCUGAACAAAAAUGUCAACAGCAUGUAGAGGUUCCUUCUCUUUCCAUAGAUGAGAUACUAGAAGGCAUAUAUUCUGGAAACCCAGACCUUGAACUGAAAUGCACACAAUCUGUAAGGAAAAUGUUGUCUCGGGAAAGGAAUCCUCCAUUAAAUGACAUAAUUGAAGCUGGAUUAAUACCCAAGAUGGUGUAUUUCUUGAGCUACCAUGAUGACAGCACUUUGCAGUUUGAAGCAGCUUGGGCACUUACAAAUAUUGCUUCUGGCACAUCUGAACAGACAAAAGCUGUGGUUGAUGGAGGAGCCAUUCCUGCUUUCAUAUCUUUGAUCUCCUCACCACAUAUGCAAAUUAGUGAGCAGGCAGUGUGGGCCUUGGGAAACAUUGCUGGUGAUGGUCCACUCUACAGAGAUGCACUGAUCAAUUGCAAUGUGAUUUCACCACUUUUGGCCUUGGUUUCACCCCAGACUCCGAUUGGCUUUCUUCGGAACAUUACAUGGACCCUGUCUAACCUAUGUAGAAACAAAAACCCAUACCCACCUAUGCAAGCUGUUCUUCAAAUCCUACCAACUCUAACACAGCUCUUGCACCAUGAAGACAAGGACAUCUUAUCAGAUACAUGUUGGGCAAUGUCUUAUCUCACCGAUGGUGCCAAUGAUAGGAUUGAUGUGGUUGUAAAGACUGGGGCUGUGGACAGACUGAUGCAUUUAAUGCAGAGUCAGGAGCUCAGUAUUUUGACACCAGCAUUGCGUACUGUUGGGAACAUAGUCACUGGAACAGAUAAACAAACCCAGGUAGCCAUAGAUGCUGGAGUCUUGUCUGUGUUGCCUCAGCUCCUUCGGCAUCCGAAGUCAAGUGUUCAGAGGGAAGCAGCGUGGGCACUUAGUAAUAUUGCAGCAGGUCCAGCUCCUCAGAUUCAACAACUUAUUACUUGUGGCCUCCUACCACCACUGGUGGAACUUCUCCAUAAGGGUGACUUUAAAGCACAGAAAGAGGCGGUGUGGGCAGUGACCAACUACACUAGUGGGGGCACUGUGGAGCAGGUAGUACAGUUAGUGCAUAGUGGAGUGCUGGAACCACUUCUCAACCUACUAACAGUUAAGGACAGUAAAACUAUCUUGGUAAUUUUAGAUGCCAUCUCCAACAUAUUUCUGGCUGCUGAAAAACUGGGUGAGUUGGACAAACUAUGUUUAGUUGUAGAAGAGUUGGGAGGACUAGAAAAGAUUGAAGCUCUACAGACACAUGACAACCACAUGGUUUAUCAUGCUGCUUUGGCACUUAUAGAGAAAUACUUCUCAGGCGAGGAGGUGGAUGACAUGGCUGUACUGGCACCCGAAGCUACUAAGGACACCUACAAAUUCCAAGCUCCAAAUGUGCAGAAAGAAACUUUCAAUUUCUAA